AUGGUCGACCGUCCCAACAAGCCCUCGGCACUGGCCAGCACUCCAGGCCUGCCGCCCCAGGCGCAGGUCAGCAUCACGCACGACAAGUCCCGCGUCGAGGCAGUUUUGCCAACAGGCGAGAGCGUCGAGGUUCUCCUGUACGGCGCCACCGUCCUGAGCUGGAAGAAGAACGGCCAAGAGAAGCUGUGGUUGAGCGAAGGUGCGAAGCUGGACGGGUCGAAGGCCGUCAGAGGUGGCAUUCCGCUCGUAUUCCCUGUGUUCGGUACGGCCCCUGAUCACGCAGCGACCUCGACACUUCCGCAACACGGAUUCGCACGAACCUCGACCUGGGAGUUCCUCGGCAAGUCGACAUCGGAGUCGGCUGGUGAAGGUGACGGUGCACCCAGGUCUAUGGCUGACCUAUCUGUCAAGCUCGAUUUUGGCUUAUCGAGCGCCAACCUCGAUGAGAAGACGCGGGCGCUCUGGCCACACCCGUUUGGAUUACUUUAUAGCGUCACGCUGGACCGUGACGCACUGACCACGAGCCUGAUUGUGACCAACGAGGGCGACAAGCCAAUUGAGGUGCAGGUUUUGCUUCACACCUAUCUCCGAGUCAAGGACAUCAACAACGUCACCAUCGAAGGUCUUGAGAACGCCUCGUACGUUGACAAGGUCGACAACGCAUCCACCAAGACUCAGGAUGCUGCUCCGCUAGUUAUCAAGGGCGAGACGGACCGCAUAUACACGCCCGUCGGUGGACCCCGGGCACCAGUGACUGUACAUGAAGGUGGACAGAAGACAUUUGAGGUUGUGCGUGAUGGCAAUCUCGACGACGUUGUGGUCUGGAACCCGUGGACCGAGAAGGCCAAUUCAAUAGGCGACUUUGAGCCUAAAGACGGCUUCAACAACAUGCUGUGCAUUGAGCCGGGUGCCGUGCGGGCGUGGCAGACGCUCGAAGCAGGAGACGCACUCGAAGGUGCGCAGACCAUCAGGGCUUGGUGA